AACCAUAUAUAGACAAAGCUACAUCAAAUAUACACAUUGAAAAUAAAAAAUGGAAUCGUUCAAGUCUUUUGCGGCGUUUCUCGGUGUCCUGUUUCUAGCCAUAACAGCUAUAGAAACCGGACCAGUGGUUCGAGCCCAAGAAUGUGGCAACGAUCUGGCAAAUGUACAGGUGUGCGCAGCAAUGGUUCUGCCCGGUUCAGGCAGCCCGAGUUCUGAGUGUUGUGUCGCUCUCCAAUCUACUAACAAAGAUUGUCUCUGCAACGCUCUCCGUGCAGCCACCUCUCUUCCUUCGCUUUGUAAUCUUCCUCCUGUCAAUUGUGGUGUAAAUGUUUGAUUUAGCUAAGAGCUAGCUAGUCACUUCCGAGAUGAUCCAGGGAAAUGGAAGAAAUCAAGAAUAAUGAGAAACAUUCUCUUUUCAAUUUAUGUUUUUCUAUCUUCUAUCGUUUUUAUAGUCAUGUUCUGGUAAUCUUGCUUCGAUAUUUAUAUACUACUGUAAUAAUUAAAG